CUGCAGGACAGUCGUCCGGACAGGUCCGCGGUUUGUCCAACACUGUCGGAGGCCGUGCAGGCUUUGUGGCAGCAUUGAGCCUGAUCGACAUGGGGAAUCCCCAGUCUAACGCUGAGGUUUACCAACGCUGGGCUGGAUCGGUCAAGGACAACCCAAUCAUCAUCAACCAAAAGCUAGCACCGCUCCAUGAGUUGGUGAAGGGUGUCCCCUGUGCCGGGGUGAAGAGACACUACCUGCAAAGAGCGAUCGAGGACUACGUCCAUGAGGUUCACCCAUGCCGAUGUCGGCCCUGCCAGAACAAUGGCGAGGCUGUCGUGGUUGGAUCGGUUUGCCAGUGUUUGUGUAAGCCCUACACAUUCGGAAUAGCCUGCGAGAGAGGAGCACUCGCCAAGGAACGGGAAAGCGGAAGUGGUAUUGAUGGGAGUUGGAGUUGUUGGACAGCCUGGGCUGCAUGUACAAAUGGAAGGAGACAGCGAUUGAGAAGAUGUGACAAUCCUGCUCCCAGCUCAGGAGGGAAAAACUGUGCCGGAGUUGGAGUACAAUCGGAGAAGUGUGAAGAUGGAGAGAUGGAAUAUUUACGCCUGCUCGAACCUCAUUGCUUUGAAACGCAUAUUGAUCCUACCAGGAGCUGCCCAGCACCCCCUCAGCUAGAAAAUGGCUUUGUCCAGGUUUCCUUUAUUGAGUUCUGGCCAUACAGGAGACGUUAG